AUGCCCCAAAAAGAAGUCUGUCCACGCGGCUACCAGCAGGUCUCCGCAACUGCGCAACAAGAUGCCUCUGUACAUCUGAGGAGUAGCGCAAGCAGCAAGACUCCCUUCGAGUUCUCUUUUGAAGUUGUGCGCCAGAACCUGUUCCGGGUGACUUUUGCCUCCCCCGAACAUCCUCUGCCUCCCUACCCCAGCGUGCAGAAGCCCGAGACCAACCUCAAGAACGCCAAUGUUUCCGCGAAGACCGAUGCUUCCUCCAAGACAAUCGAUAUCGCUGGUGUCACCGCAAAGGUGGAGUGGGAACACACUCCCGUGGUCUCCCUCUCAUGGACUAGCUCCGAGAAGCUCCUGCACCGUGACCUGCCUCUGCGCUCGUAUGUUGCCGACUCUACCGGCGUUGCGAGCUACUCCGCCCAUGAUCGAAGCGCUCUUCAUGUUGGUCUGGGUGAAAAGAGUGCCCCGAUGGAUCUCAGCGGUCGUAGCUUCCAACUCUCUGCAACCGAUUGCUUCGGGUACGACGUGUACAACUCCGACCCCCUCUACAAGCAUAUCCCCCUGUUGAUCAAGGCCACCCCGGAAGGAUGCGUUGCCCUCUUUUCGACUACACACGGCCGGGGCUCUUGGUCUGUUGGUGCUGAGAUUGAUGGUCUCUGGGGACACUUCAAGGUCUACCGCCAGGACUAUGGUGGUCUCGAGCAGUAUAUGAUCGUGGGCAAAAACAUCCAGGAAGUCGUUCACCAGUACGCUGAGCUUGUUGGCUUCCCGUUGCGCGUGCCUCGAUGGGCUUACGGUUAUAUCUCCGGUGGAUACAAGUACACCAUGCUGGAUGAUGCGCAUCUGGCCCUGCUGGAGUUUGCCGAGAAGCUGAAAGAACACGGCAUUCCCUGCUCUGCACACCAAAUGAGCUCGGGCUACUCCAUAGCCGCAACUGAACCCAAGGUCCGCAACGUCUUCACCUGGAACAGAAACCGCUUCCCUGAUCCGGAGGAAUGGAUUAAGAAGAUGCACAAGCAUGGUAUUCGCUUGAUUACCAACAUCAAGCCAUUUUUGUUGGCUUCUCAUCCCGACUUCCAGAAGCUCAUUGAUUGCAACGGUUUCUUUAAGAAUCCGGAGAAUAACGAGCCUGGAUACAUGCGUCUGUGGAGUUCAGGCGGUGCCACAGGUGGUGAUGGCUGCCACAUCGACUUCACUUCCAAGGAAGCCUUCGACUGGUGGUACAAAGGCUGCCAGAGCUUGAAGGCCGUUGGUAUUGAUGGCAUGUGGAAUGACAACAACGAGUAUACUCUUCCCAACGAUGACUGGAAGUUGGCUCUGGAUGAUUCCAUGGUCUCCGUGGAUGCGAAGAAGACCGUGGAUAACUCCGUCGGAUCUUGGGGUCGUGCCAUGCACACCGAGCUGAUGGGCAAGUCUUCCCACGAUGCUCUGCUGGAUAUGGAGCCCAAGUAUCGCCCCUUCGUUCUCACUCGCAGUGCCACUGCUGGAACCAUGCGCUACUCUGCCAGCACGUGGAGUGGAGACAACGUCACAAGCUGGGAGAGCAUGAAGGGUUCCAAUGCCCUUUCCCUGAAUGCUGGUAUGUCUCUUCUGCAGUGUGAGGGCCACGAUAUCGGUGGUUUCGAAGGACCCCAGCCUUCACCCGAGCUACUCCUUCGCUGGAUCCAGCUGGGCUGCCUCUCCUCGCGCUUCGCCAUCAACUGCUUUAAGACCUCCCCCGACAACAAUGAGGUCGGCGAGGUCAUCGAGCCCUUCAUGUAUCCCGAGAUCACCCCUCGUGUCCGUGACGCCAUCAAGCGCCGCUACGAGAUGUUGCCUUACAUCUACUCUAUGGGCCUGGAGAGCCACAUGAGCGCUACUCCUCCCCAGCGAUGGAUCGGUUGGAGCUACGAGUCCGAUCCCGAGGUGUGGACCAAGGCCCUCAAGGCCGGCGAUGAGCAGUUCUGGUUCGGUAACACCGUCCUGGUUGGCGGCGUUUACAAGGCCGGUGUGACCGUGGCCAACGUCUACUUGCCCCGCAAGUCUGGCGAUCAGUUCGACUACGGCUAUGUGAACAUGAACGCUCCUUACAACUAUCUCGCCUCCGGCCAGUGGGCUGAGAUCUCCUCAGAGUGGCGCGAGAGCAUUCCUCUCAUCGCCAAGAUCGGUGGUGUCAUCCCCGUUGGCAAGAGCGUUCACACCCGUGUGCCUGGCGACGACACCGCUGCCUCGCAGGGCGUCGAGGAGCUCGAUGACUACCGUGGUGUCGAGGUCUUCCCGCCCCAGGGUACCUCGCACGGCAACGUCUUCUCGACUACAUGGUAUGAGGACGAUGGUAUCUCCCAGAAGCCUGCCACCUCCAGCUACACUCUUAGCUACAGCUCCACCGACGAGAAGGUCCUUGUUGACUUCACUCGUAAUGAGCAGAGUGGAUUCAAGCCCGCUUGGAAGGAGCUUGAUAUCAUUCUGCACCACGGUGAUGAGCGCCGCGUGGUUAGCAACUCCGGCCAAGAGGUUGCUGUCAAGGAGGCUGACUCCCGCGGCCGUAUGGUGUACACUGUCAAGGCUUGA